AGCUGGGGCCUUGCAGUACACGCUUUGUUGAUAUUGGGCUGUCACACUUCCCAGCUCUCAGCCAGUAAUCAUCUGGGUCACUUGAGGACUCCAGCUCUUGCGCAGCCCAGUAUUGGCAUGCCAACCAAGCGACCUGCAAGAUUAUCAUUGGGCACUCUGCCACAUAUUAAACUCCUCCAUAACUUAGAUAGCGAGCUCUGCCACCUACAAUAUCCACACAGCCUAAACCAUGUCGUCAGGAGAGUGGAAACCUUCGGAGGGGGACUCCACGACCACCAAGUUGAUAAAGAAGUCCAAAGAAUCACCAUUUGUCCCUAUAGGAAUGGCCGGCUUCCUGGGAGUGGUGGCUUAUGGCCUCUACAGGCUGCGUAGCCGCGGGGACCAGAAGAUGUCUGUGCAUCUCAUUCACAUGAGAGUUGGCGCACAAGGAUUUAUUGUCGGUGCCAUGACUUUUGGUGUACUAUAUUCCAUGUACAAAGAAUAUAUCAAGCCUCGUUUCCAUGGUCCCGAUGACUGAGAAGUCCAGUAGACACAACACAAGUUCCGUCCAUAAACCGUCUGGCUCCCACCUAAUAAAACCCGCACAAUAAUAUUAGCAGUAUGUUUUUGUUUAGUUUUAUCUCCUGGUACUCCUCACGUGUUUGCUAAUACUAGGAUUGUGCUGUAACAGUGAGUGUUUUAUUACAGUAUCUGAAUGUCACCAAACUUCGUAAAGCACUAUUAUAAAGUAGAUUUCCAUAUCAGUCAAUUCGUACAAUACAGAAUUUUCUGUACACAUGCCUAACAGAAAUCGUUGCCAAACAUGACCAUAUUGUCUAAUUUAAUGCAAAA